UCCUGCAGAGGUUGCUGAAAAUCAUGCGCAUUCGGCGUAGAACACCCAGGACCACAGCACCUGAGCUCGUGUCAGAGCCUGACACCAGGCCAGCUGAGCUCAAGGAGAAGCCUGAGGGCAGCACCACGCUGAUCGAUCGCAUGGCAACCUCUGGCACCGCUGUGACCGAGGACACGGCCAACCCUGACACCGCACUGGCCGAUCUCACCACAAAGGAUGACACAGAACCCACUCAUUGCCCAGCAAAGCCUGACAUCGCUUUGGCUGAAGACACAACCGGCUCUGACACCGCAGCCACUGAUGUCAUGGCCAAGGCCGACAUGGCGCCGAUGCCGAUCGAUGGAACAUCACACUCUGAUGUGGCACCGAUGGACGGCACAGCAAAGCCCGACACCGCUUUGGCUGGUGACACAACCGGCUCCAACACUGAUCUCGUGGCACAGGCUGACAUCACACUGAUGCCAACUGAGGGUACAGCAAGCUCUGCUGAGGCACCGAUGGAUGACGCAGCAAACCCUGAGACUGCCAUGACCAACGCUGAAACCACAACAAGUGAUCUCAUGGCAGAGGGUGACGCCACGAGUGAGGGCAUCGGAAACGCUGACACCACGCCAGCUGAGAGUGUGACCGAUGCUCCCAAUCUGCAGUUUUUGGAGAGGAAAGGUGUCUCCAGCUGGAAGCCAGUGCCAGCCAUCGUUUGGUCCAUCCACCACGACCUCACGUUCCACGUGUCUCCUCACACUGACAUCUGCAGGCUCGCUGAGGCACA